AUGGAUUCAGUGCUGAUUGCUGUAACUUCUGUGUUAUGUACUUUACUAUUGUUGAAAUUGUUAUACAAUUUGCGGUCAGCACUGCGGUGGCGCGUAAACUGUUGGUUUUGUAACAGUAACUUUUGGAUAAAAUUUAUUGAUCGCAACAGUUGGAUGUGUCCUAAAUGCGAACAAUAUAAUGGAUUCAAUAAGGAUGGCGAUUAUAAUAAGCCAAUCAUUACCUCAAAUAACCAGCACAAAGCCAACAUAUUACAGAGAAGCCCUCCUAAAAAUGGUCUUUGCAAGAUGUGUAAUAUAAACCAACAGUUGAAGGUGACACAGCUUGCUAAUUUUAUUCCUAUGAAUGAAAAUAAUUUUGAACAUGAAAUAGAAUUGUACAAAUCACAACUUGAAAAAGCUUAUAAACUAUGCAGCCCCUGCAAGCGGGUGUUACAGUAUAAAUUGCACAAAGAGAAGGAAUGUAUGCUGGGCUCAAAGUUGUUACAAACAAGAUCGCCCCAAAAACACAAAACUAAGAAGGAAAAACAAAACAAAUUUCUCCAAAAAACAAUUAAUAAUGUCUCGAAAAUUGUUGCUGGCAUACUCAUUGUACUAGUGACAUAUGAAAUAUUUGAACAUGUAGAUAUACAUGAGAAUGUACACAACACAAUAAGCUAUACAAAACACAGUGUGUUUCAUCUUAUAGAAAGAAUAAUGACAAUAAUAAAAAUGAAGACCCUAAUGACAUUCCCAUUUUUAGAGAGCUUUGUUUUUGAUAUCAAUAAAACACUAAAUAUAAAUUAUACAACAGUAAUACCGGAAUACAAUGAUGUGACUCAGAAAGCCCUUGGAGGCUUUGUAUGUUCCUUGCAAAUAAUAGGCCACAUACGGAAUAUAAAUAAUUUGAAUAAUUCCUUGGCCAUUGACUUACUCUGGACAGUAUUUGUAGCUACCUCUUUAUACAACCAAUUCCUGACUGGAUAUGAGUUACUUAUCAGCUUGGUAAAACUAUCUACAGUUUUAGCAGUGUUCCUUUUUUAUAGCAAAAUGCAACCAAAAGUUGUUACAAAUGUUCCUAAAUCCACACCUUUAAAAAUGAAAAAUUUGACAAAUGGAUCAAUAACUAAGACACAUAAUCAGGAUAUUUCCUUUGACACAGAUGACGAUGUUUCUCUGAGUAAAUUCGGUUUGCACAAUUUCACAAGCUCGUCAAACGAAACCCUCAGCCCACUUAAUAGUAGCUUCACAAACGGUCGAUCAUUCACACCCAGGAAUGAUAGUCUGUGGAGCAAGCCAAAGCACAAUUCAACUUUUACUAUUAACUCUGCCACUACAAAGAGCUCCUCGCCUAUAUUUGUAAAGCCAUCUUUUAACAAGUAUCAGAAUCUUGUGAAGGAUGAGUCCGAUUCAGACCUAGAUGAAAGUAUUAGUUCCCUGUGCAUAAGCAGUCCAAAAAAGAAGACGGCUAAAACUAAUCCAGUAUUUGUACUGCGAAAGUUUACCGCUUCUCCUAGUUUUGCGACUCCGAUGCCGAUAAAUCGGGGUCGGCCCGUAAUAUCGCCUAGCAAGCUGGGCACCUCGUGGGUCGCCGGAGGUUACUGGGGCUCGGAUGGAGAACGACAUCUGUUCAACAUAAACGGAAGUCGUUCGUCUAGCCAAAGUUCGGGGUUCGAGUCGCAAACGUCGAGUAUGACUCAGAGAAAUGUCUUCUCUCAACCUCCAUCUCGUGAGGAAUCGGUAUGCGGAGAACAAGAUAGAGCUUCCGUUUUAUUAGAUAGGUUUCAAAGCUGCAACAUGAACUACCAAAGUUCGCAGGCCUUUACCCCGCUCUCGACUCCCGUAUUCCCACAAAUGCAGUACAACAAUCAUGUGAGAAUACCUCAGCCUAGAUUCCAGCAGAGUUUCUCUGGAUUCGGUUCGGAGCAUAAUUUCAAAGCCCCUGGUGGGUCAGGACUGAUCAAGCUGCCUCAAGUCAAUUCGUAUGCGUCUCAUUAA